CAGUGAUAAAGAGUUCAAAUGAUGGAAAUAGAUUCACCAAGAGUUUUGUGCAUCAAUUGCGGUCAUCCUGUGGGAGAAUUAUAUAGAAAAUACGGUGAAAGCGUGAUAAAAAUGACCGUCUGUGCAAAUUGCAAUGAAGUGGCUGACAAAUACAUUGAAUAUGAACCUGUUGUAAUUCUCAUUGAUGUGGUCUUGCUGACAAAGAGCGCUUAUCGGCAUAUUCUCUUCAAUGGGCAGUUUAAGAAUUUCUGGAAACUCUUCAUCAUCCUUGUCCUUAUGGAGUCAUACAUGAAGUGGAUGAGACUUCCACAGACGGAUAAUGAUCAGGAAUCUGAAAAGAACUUUUACAUCUGUGGCUUUUGGGUGAUUCUGGAAAAUCUCUCAUUCUUCUGCGUGAUCAGAGGAUCUGUCUUCCUGCUGGAGAAACUGAUAAAGACAAAUGCCCAUAGGGAAGCUGGAAGACCAGAAAAACUCUCACUGCUUCUGUGGAAGAGUAUAAUUCUCGCAAGUUUGGGAAAAUUUCUCUUUGUCCCAAUUGUCAUUUGGCAGGACAAUUCAUCAGAUUUUGCCCUGCAAAUACACUCAAUUCUAGUCAUGGGCUACUUUUUAUUGUCCCUCAUUUGUUCCUGUUCAGUGGUUCUGUGCUAUUCCCGCCUCGAGGCAACAUGCAUUGUCUUCCAGUCACUCCUGCUCAAGUCACUAAUUAUCAAUCACCUGGGAAUUUCAAUAAAAAUGCCUUAAAUUUCUCACCCGCCAACAAAAAAAGACACCUUCAAUUUUCUUCAUUCAAAUGCUUCCGGAUUUCGCUAAUAAUGUCACUGGGUUGAAGUUCCAGGCUCUUGCCUGAUUCUACGAGAUGAAGCUCUAGCAGGGGCGGGGUAUCGACUACCCGAGAACCAGCCACUAUGACAAAAGGAUACCCCAUUCUCCUGGCCAGAAGAAGCCUUUUGCCAAUUGUCAGAUGAUUUCUGUCAUCGAGAACUGCAUCAUCCUCCAGCCCAGGCAGUUGACUGAGUUGCCUGUAGAGAUCUUCAGUAAGAGCUGUUCCUCCAGAUUUUUCCUCCUUGCUACCGGCUUUCGGUGGGAUGAGGCAUACUGUGAAUGGUGCAAGUUUUCUUGGCCAUCGGAUGUCUGUGUCAGUUGACAGGACUUCAAUUGCAGCAGCCACCAGUCUAGUGAUACCCACCCCGAAGCAUCCCAUCACCACAGGCACCGUCAGGCCAUGUUCCUGCAGGUAAGUGGCCUUCAGGGGCUUUGAGUACUUAUCGCCCAGCAAAAAUGUAUGAGCUACUUCAAUGCCUUCGGAAAUUUUGAGGGAAUCACUUCCACAUUUCCCACAAUUUUUCCUCUUAGCUUCAGGAAUAGCCUCCAGGUUGGCUGCAUGGCCACAUUUUUCACAUGUCACAAGGGUAUCAUCCCCAACGGCAGCCGGAAGAUGAUACUCAUGUGACAAAUUCCCACCCAUCAAUCCCGCAUCACCCUCAACCUUGGCAAAAGUCGUCAGACCAAUGAACCGUAGCAUCUUCUCGUAGGCUCCACAGAUUUCAUGGUAAGUGUCCAGGGCAUUUGUCUCAUUGCCAUCAAAAGUAUAGAGAUCCUUCAUGAUAAAUUCCUUGGUGCGUAUCAGUCCAAAUCUCGGCUUCAUCUCAUCCCUGAACUUUGUACCAAUCUG